GUUUUGUAUUUUUAUCCCAAAGUAUUAUCAUUAUAGUUGCUCGAGCCUAGACUUAUAAGAGCAGCAUCAGAAUAUACUUUUAUAUUAAAACUUAAUUAUAAAAGAAACACACUUCUAUUUCCGUGAGAAUGCAGCAGCAGCAACAGCUCCAUUCCGAUUGUGUGGCUGUCUUUAAGCUCAUCAUUGUUGGUGAUGGUGGGACGGGAAAGACUACUUUCGUGAAGCGUCACCUCACCGGAGAGUUUGAGAAACGCUACGUGGCGACCGUUGGCGUCGACGUACAUCCCCUCACCUUCCACACCAACCGCGGUAAGAUCUGCUUCAACUGUUGGGAUACGGCCGGGCAGGAGAAGUUUGGCGGUCUCCGCGACGGUUACUACAUCGAAGGGCAGUGCGCAAUUAUCAUGUUCGAUGUUACCAGCCGAAACACCUAUAAGAACGUUCCGAAUUGGUACCGCGAUAUUACUCGUGUAUGCGAUAAUAUUCCCAUCGUGUUGGUAGGAAAUAAAGUAGACUGUGCUGAUCGCCAGGUGAAGGCGAAAAUGAUUACAUUUCAUCGGAAGAAGGGCUUGCAGUAUUAUGAUAUCUCCGCAAAAUCAAACUACAACUAUGAGAAGCCGUUUGUGUGGCUCGCGAAGAAGCUGGCGAAUGAUCCCAAUCUGCAGCUGGUGGAGCUGCCGCCGCUGGAUGUGAGCGCGGUGGCUAUGUCCCCCGAGCAGAUAGCUGAGGUUCAGAGGCAGCAGUUUGAACUGGAGAACGCUCCACUACCGAUGGGUGAUGACGAAUAAGUAGGAAUACAAGAGCUUUAUUAUUCGGUAUAUUUUUUUCGAAAAAGUAGGACCGGUAAACGUUAUUUCACUAAGGAAUGAUCGUGCUGUAAUACUUGCAUAGAUAGUUUUUUAUUACCCCUGUAUUACGCCCUCUGAAGAUGGACCCUAUAAAAUAUAUUUAAGAGCCUUUACGAUUUGAAUAUUUUUAAUAAGGUAAGGUUAAGUGGAGAAAAGAGUUGUUUGGUUCAAUAUAAUAACAAAAAGUGGUUCUCUUCGAAAGGGAGUCAACGCGGAGAAGCA